UGGGUAGGCGGUGCUGGGAAGCAGCAGAGCGACGCGGCGGCCGCAGCGAUGGGCAGUGAGCCUGCGGGGGCGCCUCGGGGAGACCGCAGCGGGGACCCAGCCUUGACUCUCGGCUGCGGCGGGGGCGCGUGAGCGCGGCGCACCGAGCGAGCUGCUGGCCACUGCUAGGGGUGCCCUGAGGGGCUAGCGGCCCGUGUGGCCCGCAACCAGAAGCCGGGACUCUGUGACCCGGUCCUGAACAUCUCGGGGGUCAAAGCGCAUCUUUGGAGGCCGCCCGGGGCCCUGCGCUUUGCUCACCGAGCCCCGGGUCGCUCCCUGAAUGGCCGAGCUGGCCCCUCGCCGGCCGCCCGGGCGCUGCAGCGGCUGAGGUCGCUGGGAUAGCCCGGUCGCCGCCCCCACCGCCGGCCCCUGCAUGCCCGGCGCCCGCGUCGCAGCCCACCUGGACGCUCUGGGUCCCCUGGUCUCCUACGUGCAGCCUCCGCUGCUGCCCUCUAUGUUCUACGUGGGCCUGUUCUUCGUCAAUGUGCUGAUACUCUACUACGCCUUCCUCAUGGAAUACAUCGUUCUCAACGUGGGCCUCGUCUUCCUGCCCGAGGACUUGGACCAGGCGCUGGUGGACCUCGGCGUACUCUCCGACCCAGGCUCUGGCCUUUAUGAUGCCGAUUCGGAGCUCGACGUCUUCGAUGGAUAUUUGGAGUAAGGUCUUGAUUACUGUUCCCUACUUGCUCUCCACCAUCUACAUCUCUUGGCCUGGACCAGCUGCCCGUAUCAUGCCACUGCCAUUGGUUGGGGGCACUAUCUGGACCGAGAUGGGACCCCAGGAAGAGGCCCGGGUAAUGAAAACCUACCAUGUUGAGAGGACAAAGAAUUGGACCUCCCUGCAUAGUAACUGGCUCAUGUACAUCAGCCACUGCUAUAAACAGUUGGGUACCACCGCACCUGGCCGAAAUCAGCAGCUGGGGCAGAGAAAUGACCUUGCUCCAGGCAUGAAGGCAGAUGAGUGGAUUCCUCUUCACUGUCUCUUUAGCAUUAUCCCGUGACCUUUUUUAGGACAAGUGCUUUUCUUUUUUUUUUUCAUAGUUAUGACAUUUCCUUUGAGACUUCUAGUUAAUGGUGGCACAUGCUAAUAAACCCAGCACACAGGAAUCCGAGGCAAGAUCAUGAAUUUGAGGCCUGCCUAUAGUUAUAGUAAGACCCUACCUCAAAACAAUAAUAAAAAUACUCUUGGCUUGGGCCAGAUCAAGUGCGUAACACCUCUAAUUUCAGCACCAUGGAGGCUGAGGCAUCAGAGUUCUAGUCCAGCCUGUGUAGUCCAGGCUACACACUGAAAUUGUAUCAGAGAGAAAAAACAAAAACAAAAACAAAAAAAAACCUACAUUGUUAGGGUUUGUGAGAUGGCUCAGCAGGUAAAGACACUUGCUUCCAAACCUAGUGACAUGAAUUAGAAUCCCAGCUCAUACACAGAAGAAGGAGAGAACAGACUCAUGAAAGUUGUCCUCUGCCCUCCAUACUUUGUGCCACGGCAGGUAGAUAAAAUCCAUUUUGGACCUCCAUUAGUUCCUCGGGGCAUUUCAUUACUGUACUUGAAUAUUGUAGGAUGCACAAUACUCUAUCUAGGGAAUUCUCAGCCUGUCUAAAUAAAUAAUGUCUAGGUGGUAUAUAACAAGCCUUGGGAGCUGUUGGGCAGGCAAAUGCAGAGGAGUCAGGGACAGCUGCAGACACACUGUAGAUGGCCCAUCGUGAUGGGCAUUCAUAGCCAAUUUGGGGUUAGAAUCCAGGCCCUAGAAGCCGGCUCUCAUCCGGGACUGGCCCAUGUGGAGACAGGAAGCUUCUCUUCUGUCCUUGAAGCUGCCAGGGAGAUGGCCAGAUUGCUGCCACACCCUUGGCCAUGAGCCAGGUGGCCUCCUGCUGCAAUCUGCCUCCAGCACAGAGAUGCCGAAUGUCUGCAGAGCUGGGCAAGCCAUGCAUUUUGGGUAUGUGGAGAAAGUGAGGUUUGCUAUAGAUCUCUAGAAGGCUGUCUGUAAGAGAAGUGCUAAGUCCAUUGCCCCAAAAACACCAUUUACUGCUUUCUGCCUACCACCUCAACCCUUAGAUUUUAUAUUUUGUGUGUGCAGGGGUGGGUGUGUGCAGGCCAUGGUGCACACAUGGAAGUCAGAGAAAAACUUGUACAAGUUGGUCUUUUCCUUCCACCAUGUGAGUCCUGGGAUCAAACUCAGGAAGUCAGGCUUGGCAGCAAGCACCUUUAUCAGCUAAGCCAUAUUGCUGGCCCCUGAAUUAUUUCUUAUAUAGUUGUUUUCUUUAAGUCGACUUUCUAAAAGAUUCAUUUUUGUUAUGUGAAUGUUCCUGUGUGAGUCCAUGUGCAUGUAGGAGACCACAGAAGUCAGAAGAAGACAUUGGAUUGUCUAGAACUGGAGUCAUAGGCCUGCUUGUGCCAACAGCUGGGUUCCUGCCCCAACCCAGGAAUCUGCCAGGAGAGGUGGGGACUCAGUGCCAAGAUGGGCCAGUUGCCAGGACCUACAGGAAGGAGAAGGCCUCCAAAGACCUCGCCCACCACCCAGUCCUCAGUUGUCCUGCAUCUGGCUCGUGACUCUCCACCGUUGCCAUGGAUGUUUACAGAGGUUACCUCUCUGCACUUCACCCACAACUGCACCCGCCUCCCCCACUUUACCUCCGGAAAGGACGUGGAGAGCCGAAGUAAGAUGCAAGUAGACUCAUACUUAGGCUGGCCCCUCCAACAUGGUUUGAUGCCGGUUGAGCCUUAGGCCUGGGGAGACUUCAGACCCAAGACUGCUAAUCACAGCGUCAGGGAGUCACUCUGAAAAGGGAUGCACCAAGUCCCAGGGCAGGGUUUAACCUCUCCAGGUUUACAGAACUGAGAUGCCACACUGGGGAAGGUCAUGCUGUCUCUGGUAGAAAUCUAUUUUUGGAAGUGUGAGUGGUGUGGAAAGUGUGAGUGGUGUAGAUACUUGAUUUCCAUAAACCUGUAAAAGCAAUACUCAGAGGCUGACUUAUUUCAUUAAAAAAAUGUAAGCAACUGCAA